CGCCGGGAGCGCGCCCCGCCCUGAGGGCUGUCCGCGCGCCGCCUGUCUCCCUGACAUCAUCAAUUCUGAUCACGUGUUUGUAUCGAUCAUCAUCAUCGAUCAGCUCCGCCCACCUGCCCCUCCUGUCCACGUGACCUCCACUCGUCACUACCCAUGUUUCACGACAGGUGCGUGAUUUCCGGCAGCGCGGAGGGAUCUCGCGAGAGUCAGGUGAGGCGGAAGUGAAGUGACGACAGAGUCCCGCGGCGGUUCACCUGUCCGCAGGUGAAGAAGAGAGAGAAGGAGGAAAAGAGGAGGAAGAGAGAGGGGAGAGAGAGAAGAUGAGUAACCCCAUCCCGUCCAAUCUGAAGUCAGAGGCCAAGAAAGCUGCCAAGAUCCUGACGGACUUCACAGAGAUCUCCAGCAGGAUCGGACCAGACAAGCUCAUCCCCCCUCAUGUGAUAGCGAAGGCCGAGGGUCUGGCCAUCAUCUCCGUCAUCAAGGCCGGCUUCAUGAUCACCGCCCGAGGAGGAAGUGGCAUCGUCAUCGCCCGACUGGCCGACAGACGUUGGUCGGCGCCUUCUGCCAUCGGCAUCGCUGGUCUGGGAGGAGGCUUCGAGAUCGGAGUGGAGGUGUCGGACCUGGUGAUCAUCCUGAACCAGCGAAGGGCCAUUGAGGCGUUCACAAAGGGCGGGAACCUGACGCUGGGCGGGAACUGCACCGUUGCCGUGGGACCCAUGGGCAGGAACGUGGAGGCUGAUGUGGCGCUGCGUAGCACUGCAGCUGUUUUCACCUACUGCAGGUCCAGAGGUUUGUUUGCUGGAAUCUCAUUGGAGGGAUCGUACCUGAUUGAACGCAAAGAGACCAACCGCAAGUUUUACUCCCAGGAUAUCCGUGCGUCGGCCAUUUUGAACGGCGAUGUGGAGCCUCCCGCGGUUUGCUCCGCCCUUUAUCACAUCCUGGAUGCCUACGCCGAUGCCUACACCACCGACUGGACCAGCAAGAACAUGCGAUCAACGUCGUCUUUCACUCCAUCCAGACCUGUAGCUCCGCCUAAACAGAAACCUCCAACCAGCUACCAGCCACCAGCGACCAACUACAAACAACCAGCAGCCGGCUACCAGCCACCAGCAGCCGGCUACCAGCCACCAGCAGCCGGCUACCAGCCACCAGGCGGCUACCAGCCACCAGCAGCGGCCGGCUCAGGUCCAUGGUCAGGAACAGGAAAUAAAAAUGCCCUCUACCCGAGCAUUUCCGUCUAUAAAUCGAACACCUCAGGUGGCGCACCAUCUGCGGGUGCAACCAGCGGACAGCUGGUUGUCACGGCGACCCACCCGUAUGCGGGGCAGCAGCCCGGCGACCUGAGCUUCGUCCCCGGCGACCAAAUCACCGUCAUCACCAAGACAGAGUCCCAGUACGACUGGUGGGAGGGGCAACUGGUCGAUGGGCGGGUCGGCAUCUUCCCCGCUAACUUCGUCACGUACUGAUACUCACCUGGUGGAGUGUGGAGGUACUGCAGCUAAUACCACACUCUACGGGAAGAGGGAGGGGUCAAGGGACAGGUUUUGGGUUUUGCUUCAUUUUAGAGCUUUAACGAUUAUUAAAAGAAAAUAUGCAACUUUUUUAAGAAUCAGUUGUCGAAUCGUUGUAAACUGAAUAUUUUGUUGUUUUUCACACAAACAAACUGAUUCUGGAUUAAUUCAGGAAAUAAUCCGCAGAUCAUUUGAAAAUGAAAAUAAUCACUUUAGUUUACAGGUUUGUUAUUUACAAAGAAUUCCAUAGAAAUGUUUCUGAAUGUAAACAUAUAUAUUUAUUAUCAAUGAGUCAUUUAUUCAAACACAUAUUCAUGAAGUGUGUGAACAGCUGCAGACACACUCCAGCUUUCUGCUGCUUCCUCCACUAAAUGUUCCUCAAUGUUCUACACACUUUUAAUUCACACAUUAAAAACAGUUCUCAUAAAGAAGAAUGUUUCAGAAGAAUAACGUGAGAUCAAAUGACAUCACAUGUUCCUCUUCAACCAGAUUUUUAGAAAUGAACAGAGCAGUGGAAACUUUGCUGUGAACACAACAAUGAAACAUCAGCUGAUUAAAAGUCUGAAUCAAAUCUUUCGCUCCAACACCUUCGUGGCCUUCAUCUGAGAAUUCUGCAGCAGAACUCACUUCCUGUCCUUUCCCUUCAAAAUACAAACAAGAAAAACAACCAAAAACCUCUUUUAUAUUUGGUACCAAAAUAAAAGCACUUUUCAAACUAAAUUAAGAUGGAUUUGAUUUAGAAAGUCCUUUUAUUAGUUUUUUUCAUUUUGUUAUAUAUAAGAGUAUUUAAAUCCUCUGUGGUCUGUUACUGUCUCCACCUUUACAAUGUGUCCACAGCACGAAACGGGACGUGGGGGGUGUUAGUUCUUUAUCUUCUGUGCUUGUGGUCAAUAUAUAAUGCAGCAGGAUUAUCACUUUAUCUAGAUUAACAUAAUAAUAAUGAUGUUUGUGGGAUUGUUUUUACAUAUCAGAGGCUGUUUGAAGAUUAUAAAUAAAUCAAAUUUAUAAAACUGUCA